UACGACUUCCUGUUUCAAACUAAAUGUAAACAGUCGAGGAAGUGGGCUGGUUGUUAUUGUGGUCGUUUUUUUCUUGCAGAAAGAGAAGAAAUAUUAAAUUAAGUUACUCGAGUUGCAUUAUAUACGGUUGGACGUCACCAUCAGCUGACGAGCAACAUCUGUGCAAGAAUGAUGUUUUUCUGAGGACUAGGCUGAAACAACAUCAAGAUUGAUAUAUGGUCAGACUUCCAUUUGAAUAAAUCUAGUGGACUAGUAGUGAGAUAUAAGCAAAGAUGAAGUUUGCGGAACAUCUUGGCGCCCACAUCACCCCUGAGUGGAGGAAACAGUACAUCCAGUAUGAGUUGAUGAAAGAAAUGCUGUACGAUGCGCAAGAGCAGGCUCCUUCUGCAGAGGUGACUGACUCAAACACAAUACAGCGCUACUUUGCCAGGUUUGCGGAAAAGUUUUUUCAGUUUUGUGAUACUGAGCUGUCGAAAAUCAACACCUUCUUCCUAGAGAAACUGUCAGAGGCCAACAGGAAGUACGCCAACUUGAAGGCGGAGCUGCAGGUGUUCCUGACACACCACCAGCACCACCAGCGACACACACAGCUACGACGACGUCGCACCAGCGUGGCCAACUUACAGCUCUUCAAGGACAAAGAGGUGAAAGGUCAGGCCAUGUCCUCCAUGCGGAAGCUGCACGACCUGAAGCUGGCCUUCUCCGAGUUCUACCUGAGCCUGGUCCUACUGCAGAACUACCAGACGCUCAACUUCACCGGAUUCCGGAAGAUUCUCAAGAAGCACGACAAGAUGUUGCAGACGACCCACGGGGCAGAGUGGCGGCAGGCACACGUGGAGACUGCUCCGUUCUACACCAACAAGGAAGUGGACCAUCUCAUCAAGGAUGUGGAGCAAAGUGUGACCAGUGAGCUGGAGGGAGGUGACCGCUCCAAAGCCAUGAAGAGACUCCGGGUGCCCCCUCUUGGUGAUGAGCAACAUCCGUGGACCAACUUCAAGAUGGGUCUGUUCAUCGGCAUGUUUAUGGUCCUGAUCAUUGUGAUCAUUGUGUCAGCAAACUUCGUUGACCGCUCGGCUGACUGGGAGGCCGCCCUACAGAUGUACCGGGGCAUGUUCCUCAUCAUCUUUGACCUUUUCCUCCUGGGGGUCAACACCUACGGCUGGAGGUCAUCGGGGGUCAAUCACGUGCUCAUCUUUGAAAUCGAUCCUCGUAAUCAUCUGUCGCACGCUCAGCUUUUGGAGCUUGCUUCUUUCCUGGGAGUGAUCUGGGCAUUCAGCGUGCUGGCGUACCUGUACAGCGAGUUUAUCGGGUUACCUCCCAUGUCCAUGCCCCUGGCUCUGGCUGGCUUCCUCAUCCUCGCGCUGAUCAACCCACUCAAGUUCUUCUACUACCGCGCCCGCAUGUGGCUGCUCCGCAUUCUGUACCGCAUCUUCACGGCACCGUUCCACCACGUGGGGUUCGCCGACUUCUGGCUGGCGGACCAGCUCAACAGCCUGGCCACGGUGCUGCUGGACUUUGAGUUCCUCAUCUGCUUCUACGCCUUCGAGGUGGACUGGCUCGGGGAAAACCGCAAGGCUGUGUGCAAUAGGAACAUCUACGGCAUCCGCGCCAUCAUCACCUGCCUUCCCGCCUGGUUCCGCUUCGCCCAGUGUCUGCGGCGUUACCGCGACACCAAGCUCAAGUUCCCGCACAUCGUGAAUGCUGGGAAGUACUCCACCACCUUCUUCGUCGUCCUCUUCUCCACACUCUACAAGAUCCAAGUCGAGCUGUACGGUGACGACUACCGCCAGUCGUCCGUGUUCUUCUACCUGUGGGUGGGCUCGGCUGUCAUCAGCUCCUGCUACACCUACACCUGGGACAUCAAGAUGGACUGGGGGCUCAUGGACCGCAAUGCCGGCGACAACCGCUUCCUGCGGGAGGAAGUCGUCUACGCAUACAAGGCCUACUAUUACUUUGCGAUGGCGGAAGACUUUGUGCUGCGGUUCCUGUGGACCCUGAGUGUGUCUGUGGGGGAAGGGCAGCUGUACAACAGCACCAUUCUCAAGACUUUGUUUUCCUGUUUCGAGGUGUUCAGGAGGUUUGUGUGGAACUUUUUCCGUCUGGAGAACGAACAUCUGAACAACUGCGGUCAGUUCCGCGCCGUGCGAGACAUCUCCAUCGGGCCGAUCGACUCGAACUACGAGCAGCAGCUGCUGGACGUGAUGGACGACGAGGACGGCUCCAACUGGAGGCUGCACGACAAGCGCCGCGGGGGACUGAGGAUGUACAAAGAAUCUCGCCUGUUCAUCGACGACGAUGACGAGAGAGUUCCAUUGGUCAACGGCAGCAAACAGCUGAAGCGAAUCUGAGAGAAAGGAAGGGACAGAGAGAGGGAAGCCGGGGGCGGGGGAGGAAAGGAAAGACACUUGUGCUGGAUGCAGGGAUGCCUAUUUUCCAUAAGUUCCCCCCUUUUUUUCUGUUAUUUUCACUGGAAGAACAGUUGUUAUUUUCUGCAUUUCGUUUUCUGUUUAAUCCCUUUUUAGCUAUUUUCUGUGGGACCCCCUAAUAGCUAUGUCUUUUUGUUUUCAGUUGCGACUUUGUCAAUUUUCUGUUAUUUUCAACAACAUUUCAGUUUCAGUGGCAUUAUCCCUGUGAAUGUGUUUGGUCAUGCUGAUUUGCAAUUAAUGUGAAGGGUGCUGACAAAAAUGAGUUACUUCUCGGAUUUGAGACCUAAGGAAAUAAAUGCGCCUCGCUUAUAAGUUAAGUUUUUACAAUUUAUAAGUAUGAAAUAAUAAAAGGCUUAUUGUACUUAAAUUUAAAGAAUAUGGCAUCAAUAGAAAAUUAUCUACAAAUUUAACCCUAGUUUCUAUUUCUGGCCAAUACCUCCAUUUGUGGAUUGGGAGAAGUAACUCUUUGUCAGCACGUCACACAAUGAAUAAUUUUCCCUUGAGACAUUGUAGGUGGUUGGGUGAGUGGGUAGUUGGCGGGUGCUCUGGUGUGGUUUGCUUCUUUUUUCCUAUCAAAUGUCUGUCGUCCUUAUCUCCCCUUCUUCUUUUUUAUGUUUGUUACUCUCUUGUGACACCUCUAAUCUUCUGGAGCUCAUAUGACCUUAUGCAGUUGCGAGCGCCGUAAAACCUCUACUAAAACUAACUUAAGAGACAUUGUAUAUUAAUGUGGAGCAGUAUUGUGGUUCUCUUUCCGUGCCGAUGCCGUCACAGAAUUGGUCGCUUUUAAGCGCAAGGGGGCUAUCCCGAAAAAUGAUGUUUUGAGAAAAUCGAA